AUGUCCUUCGAUAAAGCCCCCUGUUCGAUUAUUGCUUUCAAUCAAACCUACGAAAAUCCAGGAAACGACGCCAACAUGGAACACAGUUCUAGCACGACAGAAGAGCUCUUCCCGCAACAAUUUGAAUACCACCAUCCACACACUGACGACUACGAUGCUUUGUAUGAAGAGUUAGAAUCUUGUAAAGACAAAAUAACCCAGCUCGAGAAAGAAAAUAUUGUACUCCGAGGUCGUCUAGAUGAGCUUAGUAUGACCAGUCCAAGCGAGAUGUCGGUCGAGUUUGAGACUUCGACGCCCAUAUCACUCAAUGAAAAUGACGAGGUACAGGAUAUCGUCACACCCGAAGAGGAAGGAAUAAUGGAUUAUGUCACUUCAACCUUGAACGACCUGGAACUGGAUGAAGAAGGGGGUUUUCCAGCAAGCUUGCCAGGACCAAAAAAACGAUGAAUUUGAUAUUGAAGUAUGCGACAUCCAGCUCCCAAGCGAACUAGACCAGAAUGUAGAAGAGGAUUUUCCAGCAAGCUCUCCUGGACUGAAAGAUGAUGAAUUUGAUAUUGAAGUAUGCGACAUCCAAGCCCCCAGCGAAUUGGACCAAACUGAAGAAAUGAGCUUCGUGGAGUACUACUCCUAUCCUGAAAGCAAAGUCGAGCCUACCGCAAACGAUACCCGUAUCCUUUUCGACAUGCGCGACUUGCUUGACCAAGUUGCACCAUCUUUGCAGGAAGAUGUCCCCGUUCCCUAUGUCCGCUCUAUUUCUUCAGGACCCUACUAUGAUACCGAAAGGUUUGCGGCGCUGAUUAAGAAGAAGACCGGUAUAGCGCAAGUUGGAAAGACGAUAUUCAUUAUCAAAAAUUUGAUUAGAGGACUGUUGGACGUUGCAAAGAUAGGAGAACCGCCCACUGAGGUGGAUGGUGAGCAUCUCAAGGCUGCAUGGGAGGGCUGUGGAGAGGAGACCGCACGGAAAUUGGAUAGAGUGUAUGAAGAAGUGAAAGCUUGGCUUCAAGAUAAACGUGGGGCUUAG